CUUCGCUAACGCUGCAUUUUCGAAAUGGCACAUCACGAGUUCAAGUUUGAGGACGAAAUAACUAAAUACAUUCGGGAACAAGAAUUGGCAACGUCACUGAAAUUCGUAACAUUGAGUAAGGACAAAAGUUUUGGAAAAAAGGAUGCACAGCCUUUGGCACAGAAAAAACUCAGCUGGGAGAGUAAAAGCCUCCCAUUCAAUGGUGUUCCCUUUCAAGUUGUUGGCACAAAGACGUAUGAAUGCCACCAGGGGAAAGACAGACAAACAAAAGCCAAAGAGAAAUAUGCUGCUGAAAGGGACAAGAAGGAACUUGAAGACCAUGCCUUUGUACAGAGACGGAAACUGGUACAAAAUACCAAAAAGGUGGACUGCAAGGCUAUAAUAAACAUUGCCCACGUUAUCCGCUUUCCUGAUUUUAAGAUUGAGGAAAGUACAGUGCGCUCUAAAAAGGAGGCCUCCCAAACUCUGAAGGCAGCACUAAGUGAAACACCCAGCUCCGUGAAGGCAGAGGUUGUCUACUGCGUCAGGUUCCCCUCCCUCUCUGAGCAUAGCUCACAUGCAGUUGUUGGCGAGGCAGCUUAUGUUAGGGAAGCUGUAGAUGCCAGGCUGAGAGAGAAGAUUGAGCAGCUGACUCUGUCUGGUGUGAGAAAGAUGACUGAAAUGAAGUGUCAUCUUAACACCUUUGUAGUGGAAGAGCUUUUCUGUGGAGAGCAGCCCCCUCCACCUACUCGCAGGCGGUAUUACCCGACUGACAGUGACAUAAGAAAUGUCAUGUUUAAGACCAAGCAAUCCACCAGAGACCCCAACAUUGACCGUCCAGACGAAGGUCCAUCUAGAAGAGGAAAGAAGAGGUCAUCUAGGAAGGUGUUGCAGUUGAGGAGUCAAUGUGCAGGAUAUCUUAAAGAGAUCACAGACCUCACUUAUCAUCUCCAAGAUGAACAGUGCAUGACUGACCUGUCUUCACGUCUCAAAAGCGUGUUGCUGGAUAUGAAGGCCAAUGUUCCACAGGAUACAGGCCUUCCACUGACCUUUUCUCCAAGGAAGAGAAAAGCUGAGAAGGCCAUGGACCCCCUACCAACCAAGAGAGCAUCACACCCUUUCACAGGCGGGAUAGAACAGCAUACAGAGGACAUAGUUAGUGUGGAUACCUUGUUGGCAUUGACCCUAGGGUAGUAGGGCUGUGUGGAGACCUUGUUGGCAUUGAGCCUAGGGCUGAGGAUGGAGUGUGUGGGUCCUUCCAUCAAUUGAGUAUCUUUUGGGUAGUGUAACUUUUAUUUAAACUAAUGUUAACACAACUUGAUAAAACAUAUUUUCUCAUCUCAAGAUGUUAAACAAAUAAAUGACUAUAGUAAGUAGUUUAGUAAGCACAUACACACACUUUUACACUCCUCAUGCUGCUGCUACUCUGUUCUUUAUUUGAUUAUUAUUAUCUAUC